CAGGCAACAUCAUGGACAGCUCCGUGUAAAAAGCCUGUAGUUUCACGUGGGGUACAAAAUUGUGCUAACUGUAAUUACUGUUAUUUACAAUCGUCUUUGCUUAUUCAUCAACUGCUAUGUACGAUUAUUACAAAAGGUACGUGCCUAUAAUUAAAUGUUAUCUGUUUAGAGUACAUACGCAUAGACACUCCUAUGGUGGUAUAGCGACCCUAUUAGCUAGCUUGCUCGAUAGCAUCACAUUGCUAGGGACUGUAACGUCUACACAUACUUCCACUUUCAUCCAAUGUGUUAAAUAUACCGGUUUCAUCUAGCUAUACUACUCUAAAUAUUUUUUUCCCGAGAUAAACUGUAGUUAGACACUGUUAGCUAGGAACGACCCUCAUGUUACUCAUUAUUUAUAGCUAGUUAAGUGAAUUAGUACGCUAACUCACGUUAGUUGUAACGCAACUAAUGUUGCAGGUGACAGGAGACAUGAUGAAGAACAGAGGUGGCGGGGUGGACAACCGACUCAAACAGAGAGUUGAGCAGGUACAUUUUAGACUAGUUAUUCGCAGUAUACACCAACUGUCGCCUGAUUCCUAUUUUGUAACACGCUAGCUAGCUAACAUAAUUUACAGUAAUGUGUUGUUACUGUAUUGGAUCUGUUCAAUUUUGUCUGCUAGUAUUUGAGUAACCAGAGCGGUCAGUAUGUUGACAUUACUUCAAUGGCACAUGAUCUUCAGAGACUCUACAGGUGAGUUUGAUUUAUCAUAAUUUCCCCAUGUACUCUUUCUACAACCUUGCCUUUCUGAAAACCUUCAGGGUUUAUACACACAGCUUAAUAUUGUAUCCUCCUCAGAAUGGACUAUGGCAGGCGAAACAAGACUGCAUUCAGGAUUCAGGUGGAAAAAGGUGAGUGAAAACUUAUACAAGUACCUAAUUUAUCAUUUGACUGCACAUGGCAUUUUUGGUAGUUCAGCUACAAUGCAUCUGCCGAUCUUUUCAUUAAAGCAUGUUAGCCAAUUUCUCCAAGAGCAAACCAGGACUUACAAUUCUCUGUGCAUUUUUACACCUUCAGUCCAUGGCGUGAUAUGCGAUGAAUCUGGACUGAACGAUCUGGAGAACAAGCACUUGGCCAAGAGAGCCAGACACAGUGAGAAGGAUGCUGGGUAAGGGCCACACCAUCUGCUCAUAAUCUUUUUGUUUUGAUUUGUCAAUGCCCCUGAGUUGAGUGAUUAUACAGCGCAUAUUCUGGUCUUUUACAGGGAUGGCAGCAGUAACUUGGAUGACACUACUGAUAGUGAUGAGGACCUUCCCGAACAACCGGUACAUAAUUCUCUACUACCUCUUUUCAUUCAUUUGUCAAGUUUACCAUCCUUAUGUGUUGCUUAUUACCAUGUGAGUCAUUGUAAUAUAAAAAAUGACACAGAGCUUCAGGACAAUACGCUAAUAGACUAAACUUGUUUUUCCUUCUGAUUAUCCCUUGCCUUAACAGCCCAUCAACCUCAUGAAUAACUCCCUGAUGUCCCUGUACAAGAAGGGGAACCCAGAGAGUGGGGCAUCUCCCAGGAGGGACCAGUCUGCAUCAGACAGCCCUGCCCCCGAGGCUCAGUCCACCCCUCACAGUGUUGGCACAAAGGUGUCUGCAGGGGGCUGGUUCAUAGACAAGGGCAGAGGCCUGGAGCAUGACAGCAUCCUCAUUGACCUGUGUGAAGAGGAGGCAGCCAGUCCUGCAGGAAAUGUAUGUGUCACAGCUUCCUAUGUUGUCUUUCGUCAGUAGUGGAUGACUACAUCUCUCUUUGUCUCACAAUUUGCUAUAACAAUUUGAAUGCUUAUGUUGACUUCACCAGAAGCAGACAGAUGUCUCAAUGCUUGAGCCUGAGAAGACACCAAAAAAAGGCAAAUUGAAAAAAUCUAAACGGCGGAAAGAGGGAGCGUCAAAGGGCAACGAUGGUGACAUCGAGGCCAGUAUCAUGAACAAGAAAGGUUGCUUCCCACCUUACUUUAAUGAUGUUUAAGAACUCAAACAUUGUAGCCAGUCAAGGAUACAAACAAUAUAAACUAAACAGUUGAACAUAUUAAGACAUUAUACAUCCCUCAAAUUCAAAUCUGGACCACGAAGCCAGUUCCACUGCUUUUUUUCAUUCAUCCUCUCUAAUCAGGGACUGAUUUACGCAAAAGACACCAGGUGGGUGCAAUUAAUUAUCAGGUUGAACAGAAAACCAGCAGUAGUCCAGACCUCGUAGGGUAAGAUUUGAAUACCCCUGUUCUACAGUAUCACUUGAAGUCAGAAUGGUGUGUGUUUUGUAAACUAUACGUUUUCCUCUGAUCGUUCUAGCGAGGACAAAAUCCAUUGAACUACAGUAUUCUACAUUAAAGUUUGAAGAUGUUGGAGGCAAUGAGGACACGUUAACGGUAUGCUUUGUUUUGUCAGUUUUAGUGUUGUCAGUUUUCUUAGCUGUGGAAUCUCAUUUAGAUGUAUUCUGGGUUGUAUUCUGUAUGCACGAAAUGGGAGAAAGCAGACGAGCUCAUACCUGAACUUGUCCAAUAAGAAUACUCCUAUUCAUUUCCUGUUUGAAAAUGUUUUUUUUACAUUGUAUCCUGCUGAACAUGACCCAUGCACUGAACCAUAAUGGCUUGUAGAUUGAAUUCCUGUCUGGCUCUUUGUCACUGAAGGAGGUGUGUAAGCUGCUGAUCCAUAUGCGUCAUCCAGAGGUGUACCAGCAGUUGGGGGUGGUCCCUCCACGGGGGUUCCUGCUUCAUGGCCCCCCUGGCUGUGGGAAAACCCUGCUGGCCCAGGCUGUGGCUGGGGUGAGUCUGGAUGGUGUCCCCCUUUAUAUAUAGAGAUGAUUUUUCCUCACUAAUCUUAUUCCACAUUUUUCCUCACUAACCUUUUUCCACAUUUCCUGGAAAAAUCUUCUAAUAUAGACAUGUUUUUUUCUAUGUGAAAAUGACUCAUUCAUUUCCCUCUGUGUGUGUUAAAAGGAGAUGGAGCUGCCCAUGCUGAAGGUGUCGGCGCCAGAGCUGGUGUCUGGGGUGUCAGGGGAAUCUGAGCAGAAGCUGAGAGAGCUGUUUGAGCAGGCUGUGGUAAGUGUCACUCCUGAGUCUAGACAGACGGGCUGCUACACAGUUUGCUGUGAAAUUAAAUGAAUAUUUUAUAAGAAUGUCCCCUCAAGGACAGCUCGCUCAAACUAACCAUUCUGGUCCUGUUACCCUUGCAGACCAGCUCCCCUUGCAUCCUGUUCAUUGAUGAGAUUGAUGCCAUCACUCCUAAGAGAGAGGUGGCCUCCAAGGACAUGGAGAGACGGAUUGUUGCUCAGCUGCUCACCUGCAUGGAUGGUGAGAGAUGCUAGUGCAAUACAUCUUGUUGAUUUCAUGACUUUUGAGUUGAUGAUUACAAUACACCUAUAUUUCUUUGAUAGGAAUAUCUCCUUUUAUGAUAAAGAAAUCAAUUUGAUAUAUUUUGUUGGCAGGGUUGGGAGAUUAUCAAUUCACCUUCUCUGGUACUUUUGGUUGACGUUAAUCUUCCCUUCACUCUUUCAUCUAUGCGUUUCUCCAGACCUGAACUCUUUAGCUGUCACAGCCCAGGUAAUGGUCAUUGGUGCCACCAACCGGCCAGACUCUCUGGACCCAGCGCUGCGCCGUGCUGGACGCUUUGACAAAGAAAUCUGUCUGGGGAUACCUGAUGAAGCAGCUCGUCUCAGGUGAGUGGAUUUGUCUCCUAUAAUAAUAGUGGCGUUGACGAUAAUGUGGUUGCUAGCUCUGGUGUUGAGACUGUAAGUUACCCGCCGUGUGUUGAUUCCUGCUCUCAGAAUUCUGAAGACCCUUUGUCGGAAGCUGAAGCUCCCUGAGGACUUUGACUACCGGCAGCUGGCGCGUCUUACCCCGGGGUACGUGGGAGCUGACCUCAUGGCGCUGUGCCGCGAGGCCGCCAUGAGUGCCGUCAACAGGGUCCUGCUGGAGAGGCAGGACAAGAACCAGGGGAUGGUCCCCAUGGCGGAGGAGAGCGCAGAGUCAGAGGUGCCUCAGGGCGCAGGUCCUCUCCCACAGGGCCCAGAGAGAUGCCAGGCCUCAGCAGACACAGAGCACCAGGAGAUGACAGACCUUAGCCACGUACCACAGGGAGACCAGCAGCAUCCUCUGGCCACUGAGACAACCUUCAGGGUGAUAUAUUUGACUCCAUCAAAUAAACACUGGCUGUGUUUUUCACUAGGACAGUAUGCUGUAAAUAGUAUUGAAUUCACUGUUCCCUCUGAAUCUGGUGAACAUCCCACCUUGAUGGUCAGUGGUGUGAAAAUGUUCCACUUCUCUGUCUUCACCACCAGGGGGAGCUGUGUCGCCUGCUGUCUCUGCUGAAGAGCAGUGAGUCGCUGUCUGAGGAGCAGCUUGCUGGCCUGUGCAUCCUCAUGUCAGACUUCCUGGGCUCCCUGGCCAGUGUGCAACCCUCUGCCAAGCGUGAAGGCUUCGCCACGGUGCCAGACGUCACCUGGGAGGACGUGGGGGCCCUGCAUGACAUCCGCGAAGAGCUCACCAUGGCCAUCCUGGUGGGUAUCUCCUCAAAACAGCUGAUGCUAUAUCUGAUAUGUUGGGCUCAGUGUUAGCCACUGCUAAACAACAUAAGGAUUUGGACUUGGUGUAUUAUAAUUUGGGCCAGGAGUUUUUCUGUUCAGGUCACGUUGUCAGGAAAAUUGACCAGUUCCUUUGCUCUCGUAGCAUUUAAGAUUGUCAAAUAAAAUAUCCACCUCUAUCACGGUUAUCUCUCUAAGACAUUAAACUAUUUAUUCCAAAAGCAUAACACCAUAAAACAAUUGUCCCCACCCUAGAAGUAUUUUGUCAUCAGAACAUAGGGAAUAUACUGUACCUGUUCUGUGAUUGGAGCAUGUCAUUCAGAACAACAGUGGUUGAUUGUGGGAACUUAACCAUAUAUAAUAGGUUUUGGUAUUCUGACUCAACUGCUAUGGUUGAAUAAGUAUCAACACAAGGAACCAUAGGUUCUCUUCAGGUUAAUUUAACAACAGCAUGACGUCAGUCAAUUUACACGGUCAAUGGCAGUGGUCACAGAGUUAAUGGCACAUUGCAAAUGUUAUAGAUUAACAUUGUAUGGCUGUCGGCUCUAUCUAGCUCUAAACUCAUCCAGAUUCAGACUGGAUUAUAGGUCGUACUUUGUUGACUUCAGAAUGAAUACUGGCAUUGUGCGUCUUAGAUGAAUAAGGGCAGUGUGUGUAUUAACUUUGUGUUUGUGUGUGUCCUCAGGCCCCUGUGCGUUCUCCUGAGCAGUUCAAAGCCCUGGGUCUCAGUGCUCCUGCAGGGGUGUUGCUAGCUGGGCCUCCAGGUUGUGGAAAGACCCUGCUGGCCAAGGUACCGUUUGCCAGCUGCUAAAAUAAGUGGAAUGUUGAAGGCUUGUGGUGGUUUAGUAAAUAAUCAGUUCCAACAGUAUACCGUGUUGUGUGUCUCCGAUUUCAGGCUGUUGCCAAUGAGUCAGGACUUAACUUCAUCUCUGUCAAGGGGCCAGAGCUGCUGAACAUGGUGAGUCAUUCAGCUAUACAGAUUCCUGGAGUGCCUCAACAUGACUUUGGCCUGUGACACUUAGCCAAGUCAUAUUAACUCUGUGUCGGUAAAUCUGCUGACAUUAUAUUUGUAACUGAAGUGCCCGACUGAAAUCAUUGCGUUCUCACAGAGAGUAAGCAGAAGUGAUCUGACAGCCUUGUGCAUUAUUUACUUGGAGAGGGCUCGGUUACCUGUAGUCACAGCUAUCUAUACCGUUAAUAGUCAUUAUAUCAGAGACCCUUCACACUGUGAGGUAAUACUCCUAAAUCACCUGGAUGCAUUUUAAUGGCCUAUUUCAUGUCCACUGACUUUAUAUAAUGUAAAACACAAAGGAAACAUACUUUGAUUCUGGGGGCCUGAAUGAUUAACUUAGCAUUAUGUAGGUUAGAUGGAAUGCCAAGAGUGUGCAAAGCUGUCAUCAAGGGUGGUUACUUUGAAUAAUCUCAAAUAUAAAAUAUAUUUUGAUUUGUUUAACACUUUUUUGGUUACUACAUGAUUCAAUGUGUUAUUUCAUAGUUUUGAUAUCUUCACUAUUAUUCUACAAUGUAGAAAAUAGUAAAAAAUAAAGAAAAACCCUGGAAUUAGUAGGUGUGUCCAAACUUUUGACUGGUACUGUAUGUGUGUCUGUUAUUCGAGCUGUGGAUUUCGACAUGAGUUAGACAGCUUUGUGUCUCUUGUUCCUCAGUAUGUGGGAGAGAGCGAGCGGGCCGUGCGACAGGUGUUCCAGAGAGGAAGGAACUCUGCCCCUUGUGUCAUCUUUUUCGACGAGAUCGAUGCACUGUGCCCCCGCCGCUCCGGGCAUGAGGUGAGAAGGGCUAAUAAUCCGCUAUCUGAGGGUCACCAUCUGAGUGAAUGGAGGUGAAUGAUGAUUAAUAUAGUAUUGUUGACAUGAGGGUGAUGGUGGCGGUGUGUCCUCAGUCUGGAGCCAGUGUCCGUGUGGUCAACCAGCUGCUUACUGAGAUGGAUGGACUGGAGACCCGGCGGCAGGUCUUCAUCAUGGCUGCUACCAAUAGACCAGGUGGGCUUCUCACAUCAUUUCACUCCCUCAUUGACAUAGAUAUUCACCUAUCACAAAACCAAAAUUUGAGGGAGAUUCUUUUUCAGUGUUUUGGUGUAUGGUUCUAUUGACGCAUGUACAGUUUUGUAUACUUAUAUGAAGCUACUAUUCAAAUCUGUGAAGUUAUUCACCAUUGUUGACGCUGUCCCUGUAGAUAUCAUUGACCCUGCUGUGCUGAGACCAGGCCGUCUGGACAAGACCCUGUAUGUGGGCCUCCCACCUCCAUCAGACCGACACGCCAUCUUACUCACCAUCACCAAGGUAAUGUGGAAUGCCAUGGAUGGAAGCUCACAAUGCGACAAUCCAUGAGCCUCAUAUAAUGCCUUAGUUAGUGGCUGGUGUUGCUGUGAGAAGGGUUGUUUCAUGAUUAUUGUGUCUGUCAUAGGGGGGCAGUAAGCCUCAUCUGGAGCAGGAUGUGAGUCUGGAGGAGAUAGCCCAUGACAUGCGCAGUGACUGUUUCACGUGAGUGUCCCAGAGAAGGAAUACAUCUUAACCUGCAGGUUUCCAGACUAACCCUUUCCCCUUGUGGCAUUUGUGCCACUAACAUUUUCAGUUGGUGGCACCGGCCCAUGAUUUGGUCGCACCAACAUUUUGCUGCAGGGUCAUUUGUAAAGUGGUUAUCCCACUGGCUAUAGGGUGAACGCACCAAUUUGUGAGUCGCUCUGGCUAAGAGCGUCUGCUAAAUGACGUUAAUGUGCCCUUGAGCAAGGCACUUAACCCUAAUUGCUCCUGUAAGUCGCUCUGGUUAAGAGCGUCUGCUAAAUGACUAAAAUGUAAAAAUGUAAUGCAAUAGAAAAAAAUAGUAAUCAUCUUAUAAAAUCAUUCACAGUGCUACUGAGAUGACAAUUAGGCUAUUGUUGCUAUAUCAAAAUAGGGCUCCAGCAUUUGAGUCUUUUGUUCUAUAGAGAUUAAUUUGUGUACUAAUAUCACAUAGGCUAAUUCAUUUGGGGCUAAUUUAAGUUACACGUUUUAUUGUCACAUGCAGAGGAUACAGCAGGUGUAAAACAGCACAGUGAAAUGCUUAACUUGCGAGCUCUUUCCCAACUAUGCACAAUACAGGUAGUAAUAUAAGUAAGAAAUAAAACGUGAAAUGAGAGAGAAAAAAUAAAAGAAACACGAGAAUUCAGUUAUCGACAGGUCAGUGCAGUGCCAGUACCGUUAUUACAAUGUGCAGGGGUACUGGAGUGAAUUUGUUUUUUGAGGAAGGAAUGUACAUGUAAAAGUAGCAGGAUAAAUACUAAUGGUAAUAAUAAUCUUAAUAAACAAUAUAGCAGCAACGAAUUGUAAUAUUUAUCACUAUAAUCAAUCAAUUAUGACAGCAUCAUAUGUGGUGCGUCCAUGGUAAUGAGAGUAUACAGUGGGGAAAAAAAGUAUUUGGUCAGCCACCAAUUGUGCAAGUUCUCCCACUUAAAAAGAUGAGAGAGGCCUGUAAUUUUCAUCAUAGGUACACGUCAACUAUGACAGACAAAUUGAGGGGAAAAAAUCCAGAAAAUCACAUUGUAGGAUUUUUUAUGAAUUUAUUUGCAAAUUAUGGUGGAAAAUAAGUAUUUGGUCACCUACAAACAAGCAAGAUUUCUGGCUCUCACAGACCUGUAACUUCUUCUUUAAGAGGCUCCUCUGUCCUCCACUCGUUACCUGUAUUAAUGGCACCUGUUUGAACUUGUUAUCAGUAUAAAAGACACCUGUCCACAACCUCAAACAGUCACACUCCAAACUCCACUAUGGCCAAGACCAAAGAGCUGUCAAAGGACACCAGAAACAAAAUUGUAGACCUGCACCAGGCUGGGAAGACUGAAUCUGCAAUAGGUAAGCAGCUUGGUUUGAAGAAAUCAACUGUGGGAGCAAUUAUUAGGAAAUGGAAGACAUACAAGACCACUGAUAAUCUCCCUCGAUCUGGGGUUCCACGCAAGAUCUCACCCCGUGGGGUCAAAAUGAUCACAAGAACGGUGAGCAAAAAUCCCAGAACCACACGGGGGGACCUAGUGAAUGACCUGCAGAGAGCUGGGACCAAAGUAACAAAGCCUACCAUCAGUAACACACUACACCGCCAGGGACUCAAAUCCUGCAGUGCGAGACGUGUCCCCCUGCUUAAGCCAGUACAUGUCCAGGCCCGUCUGAAGUUUGCUAGAGUGCAUUUGGAUGAUCCAGAAGAGGAUUGGGAGAAUGUCAUUUGGUCAGAUGAAACCAAAAUAGAACUUUUUGGUAAAAACUCAACUCGUCAUGUUUGGAGGACAAAGAAUGCUGAGUUGCAUCCAAAGAACACCAUACCUACUGUGAAGCAUGGGGGUGGAAACAUCAUGCUUUGGGGCUGUUUUUCUGCAAAGGGACCAGGACGACUGAUCCGUGUAAAGGAAAGAAUGAAUGGGGCCAUGUAUCGUGAGAUUUUGAGUGAAAACCUCCUUCCAUCAGCAAGGGCAUUGAAGAUGAAACGUGGCUGGGUCUUUCAGCAUGACAAUGAUCCCAAACACACCGCCCGGGCAACGAAGGAGUGGCUUCGUAAGAAGCAUUUCAAGGUCCUGGAGUGGCCUAGCCAGUCUCCAGAUCUCAACCCCAUAGAAAAUCUUUGGAGGGAGUUGAAAGUCCAUGUUGCCCAGCGACAGCCCCAAACAUCACUGCUUUAGAGGAGAUCUGCAUGGAGGAAUGGGCCAAAAUACCAGCAACAGUGUGUGAAAACCUUGUGAAGACUUACAGAAAACGUUUGACCUGUGUCAUUGCCAACAAAGGGUAUAUAACAAAGUAUUGAGAAACUUUUGUUAUUGACCAAAUACUUAUUUUCCACCAUAAUUUGCAAAUAAAUUCAUUAAAAAUCCUACAAUGUGAUUUUCUGGAUUUUCUUUUCUUAUUUUGUCUUUCAUAGUUGACGUGUACCUAUGAUGAAAAUUACAGGCCUCUCUCAUCUUUUUAAGUGGGAGAACUUGCACAAUUGGUGGCUGACUAAAUACUUUUUUCCCCCACUGUAUGUGAGAUGUCAGUAGUGACUGUCAGUAUGCGUGAAUGUGAAGAGUGUCCAUGUAGGUGUGUGUGGCUGAGUGGUGAGGAUGGGAAUAGAGUCCAUGCAGAUAGUCUGUGGGAGAGAGGGAGGGCAGGGGUAGUUGGCUAUUCAACAGUUUUAUGCUAUUCAACAGUCUUAUGGCCUUCCACCAUCUAAGGAAUUGGAAACGCAAAACGUAUUAUCUAGAUAGCUAAAUAGAAUAUACUGCUAGUUAGCUGUAUAAUUGAUUAAUCUAACAGUAAAUUGAAUUACCUAAAAGACUUUGCAUCAUACUACCCAAUGAAGUCAAUAUAAAACUAUGCAAUCACCACCAAUGGCCUUCACGUGCUUCCCGCGUGCCUUAUCUCAAAGCCAUACCAAUUACUUUGGUUGUAAAACAGUGCUAGAGUGCUCAAUAUUGGGAGUUGAGAAAUAAAUAUCAUACCUUCAGAAAGCGGAGGCCCUCUUCUCUUCAACUGUUGUUGCUUUUAAAACAGUUUUUACCCACUAUUGCAUUUUAAAAUGUUGGCAAUCAGAACACCAUUAUUUAAAUCUUCCAUCCACUCGGAGUGCCCAGUGGGUACUGGGGAGAGGGAGUACACUCGCUCAUCACAGCACGAAACAAGCACAGGGGCAGCGAAACAACAUGGGCAGGGCAGACCCUUUGGUUGCAGAAAUGUACUGUUUGACCAAAUCACAACCUUACAGAUGUUCUCUUAGAGCCUUCAACACAGUGGAUAUUGUGUGUUUGUUGUUCCAUGCAGUGGGGCAGACCUGUCUGCGUUGGUGAGGGAAGCCUCUGUCAAUGCUCUGAGAGCCUACCUCCUGACCCAACCCAACCCAUCUUACACAGGUAAUGCUGGCCUAAAGACAACUAGGUCUUCUCUGCCUCUUGACUCUUUUUAAUGGAACACUGUGCAACCCUGGUUUAUUGCUCACAUACAUUUAAUGUCUGCCAUUUAUCACUGCUUUCUAAGGCAAGAGAAGUACCAUACCCAAGGUCAUAGUAAUUGUACAGUAUCCUCCACCAGGGUUGCCAGUCCACUUCCUCCAUCUGAGUCUGUACUUAUUAACCCCUCAGGUCACAGCUACUCCAACGGCCCUGUGGCCGACAUCAGGGUCAGCAAGCAGAACUUUGAGGAUGCCUUCAAGAAAGUACGGCCGUCUGUGUCUAAAAAGGUGAGAUGCAUUGGGAUGUGAACAAAUGAAUGACUGCACAGAAGCACAGACUGACAGAAAUGCAUGUAACCAAACCCCGAAUCCCUGUAGACAGUCUGACACGUAUAAUUUACUUAGCGAGUGACUCGUUUCAAGUCCAAAUAGUUAGGGAUUAGACAAGUCUAAGUAUUUAGGGAUGUCCCCAGAAUCCAGAGUGUCUGGUAAUGGCUUGUUUUGAUUUGCCUCAGACGUCCUUAUAAUAAUAAUAAUAUGCCAUUUAGCAGACGCUUUUAUCCAAAGCGACUUACAGUCAUGCGUGCAUACAUUUUUGUGUAUGGGUGGUCCCGGGGAUCGAACCCACUACCUUGGCGUUACAAGCGCCGUGCUCUACCAGCUGAGCUACAGAGGACCGUCCUUGGGAGCAGCAUUCCUAAAUGUGGUAAUUAAUAAUGAAGUAGGUUAGCACAUGAUCUCCCCCCCCCCGGCUGUCUUUAAUCUCUCCUAGGUGAACCAGUCUUUCCUGUCCCCAUCAGUAAACACUGCAGUGGCAAAAAUAAAAUCAAAGUUUUAUUGGUCGUGUACACUGAUUUGCAGGUGUUAUAGCAGGUGCAGUGAAAUGCUUAUGUUAAACAUGUAGGUACUGUAGGUUUCCUCAGCUAUUCCCACACAGCCUCAGUGGGUUUGUGGUCACUGGGGAACUAACUCUUCCGCCAUUACCAUUUCCAUCCCUAUUUGAAUGCAAAUGUAAUAAAUUAAGCCCAAAGUUAACAGGGUCUGGCCUGUUGGUCAUAGUCCGACAAGGAAGUUGUGUGCUUUUACUUGCUCAGUUGUAUGGUGUCCGUUUGUGUGAUUGGAUGUAGGUAGGAGCUGGGUGCCUUUUUAGGCUUCACUACAAAGAGGAAGAGACGGAACAAGUCUAAAACGACAAACAGAGCAUGGAAGGAUUUUUAAUGACUCUUUAUUUCCACCCUCUAUAGGACCAGCGUAUGUACGAGCAGCUAAAGGAAUCUCUUACAAGGUGAGAGGAUUUGACCAGAGUCCUUCAGAAUGAAGGAUAUCAGUGCUGAUAAGAAGACCAGUAUCUCAAUACACAAUAAACAUAUUUAUCAGACAAGAGUCCAAAAUCCGAGUGAUGUUUGAAAGGUUUACUCAGCGAAGAUUUACCAGCUGAAUACAUACGUUCAAUACAGUGCAGUGUCCAUUUACACCCUUAGCUCUCACCCCCUCCCUUCCACAAAGAUGUACUUCAGUACCAAUGAUUUCUCUGUGCGUAUCACAGGGCUUCAUAUCAGGAGAGGCCUUGAGGUAUUGGAAGUACACAUUCCUACAGUCCACUAAAUAAUGACACUUCUCAUACAGAGCUUGAACCUAAUGCUACGUUCCAUCUCUAAGGAUAUAUAAAAACAAUCUAUUCACACUUAGAGGAUAUCAUGAUAUAAAACAGUAAUUUACAAUCUACCAGGGCUGAGGACUAUCUGUUUGGACACCAAGACAUAUUUGCUUUUUUGGAUUGCUGUUUUAUAAUCCAAACCACAUUUUAAGACAUGUUUAUAUUCUUAUGAAAGAAAAUGUAAACCUUUAUGAAUGUCAAAAAAAUUAAAAUAGAAAUUGAUUACUGUAUGUAUUGACUGUUUUAUUGAAAACAUUGAGAUGUAGGAUAGUGUGAUGACAGAACUACUUGAGUAUGUAUUUUGAAUUUCGUGGUUGCAAUUUUGUAAUUUAAUUUCGCACGUUUGUAUCGUGUGAAAGAUUUAACGUUCGCAAACUUGUAACUUGACAUCUUAAUACAUUCAAUG